AUGAAGGCUCAUCUUGCAGAGCUGGAGAAAGCUAAUGCCCAGCUCGAGGAGGAGAAAGCUGCCACUUUCAAGAUAAUCGAAAAUGAAAAGGCCCGCCUCCUAAAUGAGUUCCAAGAGAAGAAAGACAAAGCGGUCGAUCAAGCCAUGUACAAGAUCUGGGCUAACAAUGCUGACCUCGAUACCAGCUUCCUAGGUCCUCUUGAGGCGAAGCUCGUAGAUCAGUGGAAUGCUCGACUUGAGGCGGAGGAGGCUGCUCGGGAGGCUGCUCAGGAGGCUGCUCAGGAGGCUGCUCGGAAGGAUAGUCAUGCUAUUCGUCUUGGGGGGUCUAGUGCUGCUAGUGCCGAGAAGUCUUGUUUAGCUCAAAUUUGCGAUGUUUCCCGGAUCCAAGCUCAAAGAGUUGAGCUUAGGGCCGCCCUGGCUACAUCCCAAGACAACGAGCGAAUUGCCAAGGAACAGGUCAUUGAAGCAAGCCGGCGACGAGACAAGUUGCAGGUCGAGGUUGACAGCCUCAACAAGAAACUUAAGGAAGUCAAUGUGCUCAAAAAUAAACUGUCUGAGGUCAAAGUGAAAGCCAAGGAGGAUUCCGAGAAGGCGAAGAAAGAUGUUGAGCAGGUGAAGCAAGAUGUUGGCGAAGCAACGAACGCCCUGGAGGAGAUGCUUUAUCGGUGUUGGGCAUACUACCAGGAAGGGGAUUUCUCCUUUCUGGAUACGAAGCUUUGGGGACGUUAUCUUACCAAGUUCCAUAGUCGACUCUCGCAAGAGCCCUCCGAGACCGUGGAGGCUUCUGGAGCUGCUGAGGGGGGUGAUGAUGAGGUGACAUCACAAGGGCAAGUUAUCGGAGCUCAGUGA